GACGCGCGCGGAGGAGGCGGGGCCGCGCCUGCGCAGGCCGCCUAUUAUGGCGGCCGCCUGAGCCCGGGGUUGAGAAGGCUCAGCCGGACUCCGUCCUGGUACUCGCGGCGGGUGCUCCUGUCCCAUGAUUCCCGUGGAGCCCGGCCAUGGUAGCUGGCCCCCACCCUGGCCAUGGACGAGGUCACCUUCAAAAGUGACACUGUGCUGUCAGACGUCCACCUCUACACCCCGAACCACAGACACCUCAUGGUGCGGCUGAACGGCAUGGGGCAGCCUGUUUUCCUGUCCCAGUUCAAGCUUCUGUGGAACCGAGACUCUCGGACAGACUCAGGGGCUGAGGGUGAUGGUCGUGGCACUCUUCUUGCCAAGGAGACGCCGCCAUCCGGGCCGGGCAGUGCCAGGCCCCCUCCGGGGAGCGGCCACAGUGACGCCACCAGCCAGGUGGGGCUGGGAACUCGGCUGGACGAAGACGGGGAUUUGGACGUGGAGAGGAGACCACCGACUGCUUCGGACCCCGAGCUAGCAGGGCCUCCGAGAGACAAGGUACAUCCCACGAUUCUAACGCAGGAGGAAGAGGACCCACUGGCAGAUGGAGCACGAGAGAGCAGCCCCCGGGAUAUCGUCAGAAUAGUGGCCCUUUCUCUUUUGGUCUCCAUCCUGUCCAGAGCACACCAUGGCCACCCCCCUGGAGGAUGUUGGCAAGCAGGUGUGGCGGGGCGCCCUGCUCCUGGCAGACUACAUCCUCUUUCAGCGGGACCUCUUCCAGGGCCGCACCGUGCUGGAGCUCGGGGCGGGCACGGGGCUGGCCAGCAUCAUCGCAGCCACCGUGGCACGCACGGUAUAUUGUACAGUUGUCCGUUGCACCGUGGUGAGCACGUUUGUGCCCCGUUGUCUCAUAGUCCUCAGGCUGGACUCCUAGAAGCAGAUGUCGGCGCAGAUCUCCUGGCCAUGUGCCAGCGAAAUAUUGCCCUCAACGGCCACCUGACUGCUGUUGGAGGCGGUGUGGUUAAGGUCAAAGAACUGGACUGGCUCCGCGACGACCUGUGCACAGACCCGGAGGUCCCCUUCAGCUGGUCGCAGGAGGAUGUCUCUGACCUGUACAGCCACACCACCAUCCUGCUUGCGGCCGAAGUGUUUUACGACGAUGACCUAACUGACGCUCUGUUUGAAACCCUGUCCCGCCUCGCUCACAAGCUGCAGAACGCCUGCACGGCCAUUCUGUCUGUGGAGAAGCGGCUGAACUUCACACUCAGACACCUGGACGUCACAUGCGAGGCGUACGACCACUUCCGCUCCUGGCUGCGGCGGCUGGAGGGGCUGGCUGACGGCCGGCUGCGCUUCGCGGUGGAGCGGGUGGAGGCCUCCUUCCCGCAGCUCCUGGUUUACGAGCGCAUCCAGCAGCUGGCCCGCUGGGUCCAUCAGACUAGGCCUCUGAGGAAGCCUCCCAGUAGCGGUAUACGGGCCGGGUACCGGGCCGAGCUCUUUCCUCCCCGGCCUCAGUUGAUGACGAGACCAGGAGCUCUGGAAGAUCUUUGUGGAACCGGUGAUGUGACCCACCGCAUCCCCAAGCACGGCUUCUCGACUGUUCUUAGAGUACAUCUCUAAUAAAAUCAAAAGCUCACGAAGUGA